AUGAGGGUCGAAAUCUCCAUGAGCGGUGUGCAUCCUACAGCAGACGACGUAGAGCCGCUCCAUCUGAGAGAGCCACAUGCAAGAGUCCUCAACAUCGCGAGCCCAGUGAACCCAAAUACGGAAUACGUCGGCUUAGGCUCCGAGGUCAAGGACAUGUGUGUGGCCAAAUACUGGGUCAUCAAAAGAGGACUUACGUCAGCGACUGGGCUGGGCAUCGCAGCCUGGAGCGUCGUGGCAUUUGGGGGCAUCGUGUCCCUUCUGGUCAACCCAGGAUACACCGCAUGUAUUAAUACAGCAGCUGGAAUGAUCACAGUUGGUGUGACGUUGUCGGCGAUUUCGGCCAUCUUGUACACGAAAGUCAUCGGCUUCUGCCGAAGUCAAGAACUGGCUGUCUCUCACUACGCUCGAAAGCUGGCCAUGGGUGAGGGAGGGGGCCCAGCCCUUGUGUCCCUCAGCCACCUGGAACAGCCCAUGGAAGUCAUGGCGCCCUUGGACGUCAUCGAAAGAGCCAGAAUAAGAGCAGGGCACAGUCGCCAAAGCCCAACCGUGCUGCAGUUUACGAGGGGCAUGACGCUUAAAUACGGCUGCACAGGAAGGGAUGGGAAGACGGCGACGGUCUACCUCCCAGACCCGAAUGCUCCCAUCGACGGAUAUCCGCUGCUGAAGGCCUCCGUCAUCGCCUGCCUCUCGUUCUUCUACGUGGGCAUCAGCGUCAUCACCACAUUCCUCAUCACGUGGGUGUCGGCAUACCCUGACGACCACCGCACCAUGACCGUCUGCAUCGUCAUGGAGGUUUUGGGAGGUUUCCUAAUGCUUAUUGGCCUGGCCACUGGGGUGUACGUCUAUGCAUUGUGCCUUCGAUACGAAAUUGAGGAUGCCGCUGACUACGAGAAAAACACAUACACCAACCCGAUCAUGACCAUAUCCUGAAAGCAUCAGAGUGCUUGGAAAAGAAGAUCUGUCUGUCUAGUUUUAAGUCACUAUUUUUCGGACAAAGACUUUUAGGAAAUAAUGACUUUGUAGGUCGAUCUAUUGAUGAUUUAUCCUGUGUUGACAUGAUACAAUUUUGAGAAGUGUGUGCGAGAAGUUGAAUUCCCUGUAUUGGUAAAGUCAAUUUCUAUAGACACGAUACACUUGUACUAAUUAUGUCUUAUGGGACAAGCCAAAGGGCCGUGAACUAAUUGUAAGGUUACGCUAUGUAUGAGAUAAAUCAGAACAAUAAAUAAAGGAAAAGAGCGGAAAACUUAAUAAUAAAAUGAAUCAAUUCUAACACCAAGUUAAUAAUGAAUACAGUAAAUGCUCUGCCUGUACGGUCAAAUUAUAGAACCCAAGAAGGCAAGAAGGUUAUGGCACAAAUAGGUUUCAGAAUAUUGAUUAUAUGGUCACUAUAGCAGAGGUAAUAUGAUUAAAUGUUGCCCUAAAAUAACACAGCAGCCCCCGAAAGAAAAACAUCUGCAAUCAAUUAUACAAUACACAUGGUCAAGGUUGGGUAGUCCGAAUCCGCAGUUCUACAACAGGCAUCUUCCAUAUUCCCUUCAACACCUUACCAGAAUGGACAACGGCAUGUAAAUGUAUAACAGGAACACCAUAGGAAAAUUAAUUUUAACAUAAGAU